UUGGACCUCGUAGUAUUAGAAAAUCGCGCACAAACUGACGAACGCCCAGAUUCUCUCUCCCUCUUGAUUCACCAAAAGUAGAGAGAGUGCGAAAUUCCUCCAUAGAUCCUCGCCUGCUCUCUCUCUCUCUCUCCUGCGCUCGCAGAUUAGCAUAUGCUUGCGGGCACACAGAUUGAUGAGAGCUUCGGCCGAAUCUGCAAUGUUGGAAUGAGACCCGCAUGGCUCAGUACAGGCAGUUCGGGUACCGGGAUCACGAUCUCCACUGCUCCAACGGCGCGUCGGAUCACACCCCGAUCGGGAUUCGAGCUGCCCCCCAACCGCACAAGCCCGGCCGCAGUAGGCGAUCCGCUCGGUCCGAGAAGAACCGGCGGUGCUCGAUCGGCGCCGUCGCGGUCGUCCUCUCUCUAGGUUUGGGUGUGACGGCGUUAGCUUACUAUUGCCUCUCCAGGGAUGGCAGAGAUAGAAAUAGCUACCAAGGCGAAGGAGAUGACUCGAAAAGCGACCUUGACUUUCUUGCUAAUGUGACACGAACUGAGAACGUCAAAGUCCUUGGAUUUGGACGGGGUUCAGUAGCGCAUGGGCGGGAUUCAAGGUAUUGGGACAGGGAUGAUAGGAGAAGGGAUGAGGAUUACAGUGAAGAAGUGGUGGAGAACACUAAAGUGACUUCUAACAAUGCAUCUUUUGAUAAGGGCCGCAUGUCUUCGAAAGGGAGAAACGGUGGCAAAAAGUCCUCUGUUGACGAUUCUCGAGGUGUCAAUCGAAGAGUAGUUGGACUAUAUAAUGAGGCUGGGCGCAAUGAACUGAAAAUGUAUGAAGCAGAAUAUGAGGCAUCGCUGAAAAGUUCUCGCCAAUCAGUAAAGCAGACUGGCAAUAAAAAUCAGUUAUCUGAUACUGGAGAUGAAAAUGAAGAGUUUGAUGCUGAGGACGAUUAUGAUGGUAUCGAUCUCCAUGAUGCACAUGAUACUGUCUUGAGUGAUGAUGGAGAUGAUUCUGAUUUUACCAUGUCUCAUGAAGUGAAUAAGAAGUCUUACCAAGGAAAUGGUCAAGAAUCCUCAAAUAAGUUUGAAUUUGGUACCAAGGGUCGAAAUGUUGCUGAGGUAGCUGAUGAAGCAUCAAAGAAAUCAUCUCAGAAGGAAUCCGUCAAUAUUGACAGUUUGGAUAGUCUGAAAACAAAUUCCAGACGUAAAAGUGUCAGUGAUGGUCAUGCAACUAAAAGGUCAACUAAAAGAAAAUCAAAACGCCGUUCUUGUGAGAUGAAGCUAUUGAAUUCUACUGCACAGCUUGUUGAGCCAUUAGAGAGUCGGAAAUUUGCGAGAUUUGCGCUGCAGUAUGUAGAUAUAGAGGAAAAGCCUGAUUGGCAACCAGAAUGGAAGCCGAGGUUUGCUGGGCAUCAAACUCUUCAACAACGAGAGGAGUCAUUCUUGGCUCGUGAUCAGAAGGUGCACUGUGGCUUUGUUAGAAGUCCUUAUGGAUUCCCAAGUACAGGAUUUGAUUUAUCAGAGGAUGACACAAGUUACAUUAGUAGAUGCCACAUUGCUGUAAUCUCUUGCAUUUUUGGGAAUUCAGAUCGUUUACGGACACCUGCUAAUAAGAUGAUCACUCGUUUGUCUCGAAAAAAUGUCUGCUUCGUUAUGUUCGUGGAUGAAGUUACUGUGCAGAUGCUUACUUCUGAGGGCCAUAUGGUGGACACAAUGGGUUUCAUUGGUCUCUGGAAAAUUGUGGUGGUAAAAAAUUUACCAUAUGAUGAUAUGCGGAGAGUCGGCAAGGUACCGAAGUUUCUGUCGCAUCGGCUUUUUCCAUCUGCAAGGUAUUCAAUUUGGUUGGACAGCAAGCUCCGACUCCAGUUGGAUCCUUUGCUCAUUUUGGAGUACUUCUUGUGGCGGAAAGGUCAUGAAUAUUCAAUAUCUAACCACUAUGAUCGGCAUUGUGUUUGGGAAGAAGUAGCUCAAAAUAAGAAGUUGAACAAGUACAACCACAGUAUCAUCGACCAACAGUUCACAUUCUACCAGUCUGAUGGUCUCAGGAGAUUCAAUCCACUGGAUCCAAUGAAACUUCUCCCUAGCAAUGUGCCGGAAGGAUCUUUUAUUGUCAGGGCACACACGCCAAUGUCGAAUCUAUUUUCCUGUCUCUGGUUCAAUGAGAUUGACCGGUUCACUCCUCGUGAUCAGCUUAGUUUUACUUACACAUACCAGAAGUUGAGAAGGAUGAACCCAGAGAAACCAUUUCAUCUGAAUAUGUUCAAGGAUUGCGAAAGGAGACGUGUAGCUAAGCUGUUUCGUCAUCGGUCAGAUGAGCGGCAGAAUACCCAUCAAGUAGAGAUUGAUUGAAUGGCACUGUGGUAAAACCCUCUCCAUCCGGUUUCUUGGCGUCAUUUGCAGUUGCCUUCUCCUUUGAUGCACAUGAGGAUAAAACUGCUAAACGCGACACUUUGGAAAGCGACACUUUGGAAAGCGGUGUUUGUCAUCAGGAGACACGAUUUUGCAAUUCGGAUGCAAGAAAAAGUCGGCAACGAUUGCUUGCCUUGGUGCCUGUGGAUUGGAUGGAGUGAGCUCGAAUAUAUGCUGUUGAUUGUGUAAUUCUAUGUAGGAUAGAAAGUUACGACUCAAUCAUUCAUCCAAUUUAUUACACCAUUCUUUGCUUCAUCAUGAGGCUGCGAGGCACCCAAUGCUUCACAAGGUUUGGUUCCCCUAGGGCUGUCAAUUUUCGUGUUCUUUUUGCCUCGUCAAUGACUUUGUGCUCGUUAUCUGUAAGAAGCUUCAGUUCAAUCGUUAUGAGAUUGCACAAUGGCAUCAUCUCAAAGCAAUAUCUAUUU